AUGGUUUGGGCUGUGAGAGGAUCAGGAAGCAGAGGAGGAGAAGACGGCGAAGACAGAAUCUCCCAACUUCCUGAGGAAAUCAUUCACGCCAUCCUCAAUCGCCUGGAAUCUCCCGAGAAAGCUGCCGGAACCAGCGUGCUGUCGAGAAGAUGGCUCCAACUGUGGCGACGCUACCCUUUCUUCGAGUCCCCGCUCUCAAAAUCAAACACCAAGUUCCGCAGCUUCGUCGCCUCCAGUUCCAGGAAGCUGCUGUUUUCGUCGUCCUCGAAUGAUCACAGUUGGUGUGCAGCAAUUCAGGAUUUCAGAAUCUCGGUUCAGGAUGAUGGAUUUGAGAAGGAGGAUCUCGACCGAUUGCUCUCGUUAAUCGCAGAUCACGCCGAUCGAUUAUUAUUAUCAUUAUUAUCUCCAGUUAAGUUCGUGCUCCGUGUCGACCCAAGGAGAACUCGUCCCUCCUAUAGUUUGCUGCGGGUUCCGAAUUGGAGCCGCACAAAAUCCAUCACCCUCGCUGGCUGCGAUCUCAGUAAUAAUCGCAGUAAUAAUGGUUUGGCUUCUCUGCCCAACCUUGAGAGCCUCCGCCUGGAAGUUGUCGAUCUCAGCGAACGACUUCUCCAUUGUUUUCUGGACAACGCUCCUCGCCUCGUGGAGUUGGAAUUGUGGGGAGUUUAUGGGAUUGACAGGCUGGAGGUUGUCUCUUCUCCUCGGCUCCGAUCGCUGCGAUUGAGUUGCAUCUACAGAAGCAAAAACCGCUGCCAGAGAAUGCGCUCGCUGAGGAUUUCGUCUCCAGAGCUCGAGACGUUGUUGAUGUCGUCGGGGUUGGAGGAGCUUGAGAUUGACGCUCCUGAUCUCGUCAGUCUCUCCUGGACUGUUUUGCCUGAUGACCCCGUCACCAAGGUUAAUCUCGUCAAUUUGGCAUCUACUUGCCGGUCCGAAAUUCGCGUGUGUUCGCCGGCCAUCACCUUUUCGCCACGGUGGUUGACGGCGUCCUUCUCCUCCGCAUUCAGUCAAUUCCACCGUCUGGACUUGGUUCUCGGCUUCCCUAUUUACUUAGCACGACGAGAACAGGUAACGUAUUUAUUAACUCCAAUCUUCAAUCCCAAAAACUACCUAUCUGUCUCUCCCUUUAUCCAAUAA